GGAGCUGCACACCUCGGAGCUUCCUCUGAGCCGAGGAUGACGUGGACGUGUGUUGUUCUGUGACUGCUGCUGACUCUGGCUUUUUCUUCGGGACCAUUUGUCACAGAGCUGCUGCUUCCUUUCUGAACGUACUGUGUUUAGGCUGUAACUGGUAAAAUGUCUUUGCUCAUAGCCGACCUGACCAGAGGAAGGAUGACUGAGUUCCAGGAGAAGCUCCGGCAGCAGCACGAGGACUCGAUGCACCGAGAGCUGGAGGCUCUGCUCGGUACCGCCACCGAGCCCGACGCCCAGAUCUCCAAAAAAGAUUUUGAUGGCUUCAAGAAGCUGUUCCACAGAUUCCUGCAGGUCAAAGGACCUUCGGUGGACUGGGCCAAGAUCAGCCGGCCGCCAGAGGACUCGAUCCAGCCCUAUGAGAAGAUCAAGGCCAAGGGGCUCCCAGACGACAUCACCGCCAGCCUCAACAAGCUGGCGGUGGUCAAACUGAACGGGGGUCUGGGCACCAGCAUGGGCUGCAAAGGCCCCAAGAGCCUGAUCAGCGUCCGCAGCGAGAACACCUUCCUGGACCUGACGGUGCAGCAGAUCGAGCAUCUCAACAAAAGCUUCAACGCAGACGUGCCGCUCGUCCUCAUGAACUCGUUCAACACAGACGAAGACACAAAGAAGAUCCUGCAGAAGUACAAGCACCACCAGGUCAAGAUCCACACCUUCAACCAGAGCAGGUACCCGAGGAUCAACCGGGAGUCUUUGCUGCCGAUCGCCAAACACAUGGGUGUGAGCGGCGACAACGCAGAGGCCUGGUACCCACCGGGUCAUGGAGACAUUUACGCCAGCUUCCACAACUCGGGGCUGCUGGACAAGCUCAUCGCAGAGGGGAAGGAGUACAUCUUCGUGUCCAACAUCGACAACCUGGGCGCCACCGUGGACCUGUUCAUCCUCCACCACCUGAUGAGUCAGCCGGCCGAGCGGCGCUGCGAGUUCGUCAUGGAGGUCACGGACAAGACCAGAGCCGACGUCAAGGGCGGCACCCUGAUCCAGUACGAGGACCACCUGAGGCUGCUGGAGAUCGCCCAGGUCCCGAAGGCCCACGUCGACGAGUUCAAGUCUGUCACUAAGUUCAAGAUAUUCAACACCAACAACCUGUGGAUCUCUCUGCUCGCUAUGAAAAGGCUGCAGGAGAACAACACCAUGGACCUGGAGAUCAUCGUCAACCCAAAGACGCUGGACGGCGGCCUGAACGUCAUCCAGCUGGAGACGGCCGUCGGCGCCGCCAUCAAGAGCUUCAAGAACGCCAUGGGCGUGAACGUGCCACGCAGCCGCUUCCUGCCCGUCAAGACGUCGUCGGACCUGCUCCUGGUGAUGUCCAACCUGUACAGCCUGGACGCCGGCUCGCUCACCAUGAGCAAGAGGAGGGAGUUCCCCACCACGCCGCACGUCAAGCUGGGCAGCUCCUUCACCAAGGUUCAGGACUUUCUGACCAGGUUUGAAAACAUCCCCGACAUGUUGGAGCUCGAUCAUCUCACCGUGUCUGGAGACGUCACCUUUGGAAAGAACGUCUCUCUGAAGGGAACUGUCAUCAUUAUAGCAAAUCACGGAGACCGGAUCGAUAUUCCCGCCGGAGCCAUGCUGGAGAACAAGAUAGUUUCAGGAAACCUGCGGAUCCUUGACCACUAAGGCCUUCUGGGAAAAACAGCACCUUAGGAGAAGAUUGUCUCUUCACUGAGGAAGGGCAGGACUGUUACAGAGACAAGUUCACAUCAUCCCUGAGAGGGUCAAAGGUCAACUUCAGUUCUUCAUCAGCUUAUGAGACUCAACGUUACAAUAACAUCUAAGUCAGUACAAUGAAUAAAGUGUAAUGUGGGUCACUUCUA